CUUUUCCCCGAGAAAAUGCCCUAAGUGAGUAAGGCGACUUCUACAUGCUUUGUUCUCUCGUAGAAGACCUACUUGGAGGCUAUGUGGAUAGCAUUCUGAUUCUCACAGAACAUGUCCAUGGGGUUCUGUGACCGAAAUCCCAAUUUCAGUCAGAAGAGAUCCAACUCAUACAAGUUCACUAGUUGUUGAUGCCAUUGCACAAUACUCGGCUUCAGCAUUGGAUCUAGACCUUCUUAUUGCAAAAGAAAGGGCCUGCUUUUUGCUUUUCAAGGGAAAACAUUAUCCUAUGGUGGAUUUGAUUCUAUCAGAGGGCAUUAAUACCUUCCUUCAGCUUUUUGAGGUAGGGGCGGAGUCUCCACUACCACACUACUACUAUACCACUAGCACUCCACGAGUGGAUUAGUUGAGUGACUAGACUGAGAUUCUCUUUGAUAUCAAUCACUUUUCUAAAGAAAGUAGUCAAAAUCAUAAGAGAAGCAAGGUCCACAGAAGGUUGGGAAGUAGUACGCCCGGUUCGCCAGGAUCAAACUCUGAUUUUGAGUAUGAUCCUGGCUCAGAACGAACGCUAGCUAUAUGCUUAACACAUGCAAGUCGAACGUUGUUUUCGGGGUCGAACCACUAUCCUUUUGAAGCGGAUAGUUCACAGUGCUCAUUCUCUUUCUUUUAGGAAAGAAUGAAAAAAAAAUGACAAUCCAUUCUAUUGUUAUUCAAAAAUUACUGAGUACGAACGCACAUCUAGGCCGUCGGGUAGCUGCUCACCAUUUCAAAGUCUAUAUCUGUGGUUCCAGAAAUGGAAUUGCUAUUCUCGAUUCAGACAAAACACUGAUUUGUUUACGAAACGCUUGUCAUUUUAUAGGAUCUCCCAUUCGUCAAAAAGGCCGUUCCUUCUUUGUAAAUACCAAUUCGUUAUUCGAUGAGAUAAUUGAACAAAUGGCGACGAGAAUCGGCUGUAUCAAUGAUUCUCAAUGGAGGAUCGGGGGUUUUUUGACCAAUUGUUCAAGUCCGAAAAAAAUCCGUUCGAGAAACAAGAAGAUCAAUUUCGGGUCGAACCAACAACCAGAUUGUGUAGUUAUUAUGGAUGCAGAUAGAAAGUCCUCGGUCAUACUUGAAGCUGAUCGAUCACAAAUACCUAUUGCAUCUUCAGUGGAUUCGAAUAUCCCAUUGGGAUCCCAUAAAAGAAUCACUUAUCCCAUUCCAGCGAAUGAUCCUAUACAGUUCGUAUAUCUAUUUCGUAAUUCGAUUACGAAAACAGUUCUUCUUGAACGGGGAAGAAUCGUUGCGAUGAAGGAGCCCUCCGCGGGGAGAAGAAACAACUCAUCGAUCAACCUUUUCCAAGAAUAAUUGGUUUUAGUCGAGUGGUCAAAUACCGACGCUAGGGGGGACCUGUUUAUGGAUUGAACAAGAAUUGUACGACUUCGGGCUGGGCUGGAUGGAACAAGUGCGGGCCUAGCCCAAUCUUCGUACACAGCAGCCAACGUCCCGGGGCGGGGCGCUCUGACGAUGCGGAGAGCAAACAAAGGCGAGUUUGCUAUUAUGGACGGACGAAAAGCUGCAACAAGACGGGUGGCUACCUGCAGUGGGACCGCGGCACGGGGGGAAAAGGGGCAAAUAGGGA